CACCACCCACCUGCAUGAUGCCCUGGUGCCCUGCCUGAAGGGCAUCCCAGACAGACUCGCCAUCUGAAGUACACAACCUAAAGCCCACCUGCGUUCCGGCACACCAACAAAACUAUUCCUACGCCCGAUGAGAAAGAGCAUAUAGCACAGUUCUAGCCACCCGCUGUACCCUUGCCUCCGACUUCCAACCAUGAAAGAGGUCAUUGUGUCUCCGACAGUGCUAGAGGUCACCGCUCGUGUGCACGAGAGCCCUGUUCCUAGGAUCAACGCCGACGAGAUCUUGGUCAAAGUCAUGGUUGCAGCCAGCAACCCGAAAGCGUCUACGAUUCCCCUCACCAUUCUCGCAGCAGCCCCACCCUUGUUUCGCCGUCAAUCGCUCCCAGCGCCAUGGGCUCAGCGGUCCUCGAAUGCAGACCCGGUGCCGCUUAUUAUUUAUGGCGCCUUAUCCGCACUCGGCACAUUUGCUAUCAAGCUUGCGACUUUGGCCAACAUCCACCCCAUCAUCGCUAUAUGUGGACAGACCGGGUCUCAUCUAUCCACUACCCUCGAUCCCGCCCUAGGAGACAGGAUUGUUGAUUACCGGGAGGGCGUGGAUGCAAUGAAGGCAGGCGUGAUAAAAUCGCUCAAUGGCCUCCCGGCCUAUGAUGCCCUGGCGCCCGCCGUUUGACAACACCGCAUCGGAACUUUUCGUACUAAUCUCUUUCUAGGUUAGCUCCAGCUUGAGAAUUCUAUUUGUCUUUGGAGGAACAAAGGAACAAAGACCAUUGUUUGUGCUUUCGUGCAUUCGGCAACCAUGGAACCCCUGCAUUGUCUACCGAAACAAAUGUCCCCUGCUGCCAC